CGAAAACUGAAUCCUAACUCUCAGAACGUCUCUCACCCGCGCGGAUACGAAACCGAGGCUACAACAAGCUCAGCGAUCUGCCUCCAACGAAUUAGUUUAACUGAAUAAUCAGGACAUACCCUUGUCGCGACACCCCUCGCUCUUCCGUCCGCGCCGCCAGCCUCAUAAUCACUGGCCACGCCGGGCAAUAUCACACCAGCUGGCCUUCAGAUAUGGGCAAUCUACAGUCCAAGAAGCUCCCGGAUGACCAGCUGAAGGAGCUGCAAAGAUCAACCAACUUUGACAAGAAGGAGCUGCAGCAAUGGUAUAGGGGCUUCCUCAAAGAUUGCCCUUCGGGCAUGCUCACCAAGAGCGAGUUCCAAAAGAUCUACGCCCAGUUCUUCCCCUUUGGCGACCCGUCCACCUUCGCCGACUACGUCUUCAACGUCUUCGACACCGACAAGUCGGGCACCAUUGACUUCAAGGAGUUCAUCUGCGCCCUGAGCGUGACCAGCCGGGGCAAGAUGGAGGACAAGUUAGACUGGGCUUUCCAGCUGUACGACAUUGACGGCGACGGCAAGAUCAGCUACGACGAGAUGCUUAAGAUUGUUGAGGCCAUCUACAAGAUGGUCGGAUCAAUGGUCAAGCUCCCCGAGGACGAGGACACGCCCGAGAAGCGGGUGCGCAAGAUCUUCCGCAUGAUGGACAAGGACGAGAACGGCAGCCUCGACAUGAAGGAGUUCAAGGAGGGCAGCCAGCGCGACGCUACCAUCGUCUCGGCCCUCUCGCUGUACGACGGCCUGGUGUGACUACUUACUCGUGCGCGCGCGGACCCAGACCAUCCAAGAUACCAUUUACCAGGAAUGAUGAUGAACUCUUUUUGUGUGUCAUAUGCCGAUUGUGGUUUGCGGAUGCGGUUGCUGUCGACGUGAGGUGAAAGAUGGAUGGUAUUUCAGAGUGACGCUGAAUUCACUAACUGCUGGGGAAGGUAAGUUUCGGUGUCUAGGGUGAGGUGGGAGCGCGAUAGAGAUGCGAUAUCUGGCUCUUGGCUGGUGUUUUGGAAGAGGGCGGU